UCUGUAAUCUCAGUCUGUACAUAUAAUAUCAUACACUUUUAUGUUUAGGUGCUAAAGAUCAUGUUUCCUCAAAUUUUUUAAUCAUUACUAUUAACAGUUUGUGGACCAGUACUUUUUUGACUAUUACAGUUAUGACAGCUAAGCAUUACACUAUUUUAAUAAAAUAACUUCACAGUUAAUAUACAAUUGGACAAAAUGGGAUGCAUGUUUAGCAUGACUGUCGGAUGUUUGGGAUAGUUCUUUUUGUGGCCUUUUUUCCCUGGUAUCAAUCAAUUUUAUGAAAAUUUUCCAGGUUUUGUAUAGAAAUCCUUUUCUAUAUAAAAAUAUUUAGUUUCAAUGGAACGUUAGAAUCAGUAUACCUAACAAACUGCUAAAAUAAUUUGAAAAAUAUAUAAGCAUCCGUUUCUGGAAGAAAAAUCUCCAGAACUUUACAUUCAAUACUAUGCAGUUGUAUGAUUUCAAUUCUUUCUGUAAAGGCAAUAAUACAUCACAAAAUUUAAUUUUGUAUGCAUUAAAUGUUAACAUUAGUAUUAUUAGCAAUAUUCCUAUUUUUAACGGCAUUCUCAUUUUUAGCGAAUAUCUCGAUUCCGAUGCCAACUGCCCGAUAAAUAUUGAUUCUAAAAGUUACGAAAUCACAAAGAGAAAUAUGGAAACUCCCGACAGAUGGACUUUUAACGAAGCCGCAGCACAUUUAUAUCAGUUGAUGAAGAACGAUAGUUAUCCACGUUACUUGAGAUCAGAAAUGUAUAAAGAAUAUCUAAAUGGUAUGAAGAAAAAGACGUCGGUUAAAGGCAUUAGAUCUGUUAUUUCAUUUUCUGCCAAAAAAGAACAAACAUCUUCCUAGCCUAGUGAAUGUUAUGUGAAAUGUUAAGAAUCAAGAUAUCAUAGCAAUGCAAAGACUUAAACACAGCUCUCAAGCCUUGGCAUAGGGUCCUAGGAAAGCAUUUGUUUUGGAGAAGAGGUGAUUAUCGACAGAGUGCAACGUUCCGCACGAAAUUAUUAAUAGAAGGCUGUAUAUUCAACAUUUCUUCUUCCAGCCCGUGCGUCAAUGAAAUAGUCAUGCACGAACCGGAAUUCUGCAGUAAGAAUUCUUUGACGUGACAACAUGGGUACCUACUUAUGAAAUUUACUGUGAAUUAAAUUUGAAAAAAAAUCCUAUAUACAUAGUACAGCUUAUAUGAAAAAAACAAAAUGAAAUUCAAUAACUUUUUAUCUAUUAAUAUUAUUAAUUUUUUCUUAAAAAGUUUACCAUUAAGUGAUUAUCUUGUUGAUUAAUACAAAUUAAAAAGUUUAUAUUAUUAUUAUUACCAUAAGUUUUUCAUAUAUUUAAGAAAAAGUUAUAUUAGCAUUUUAUUUUCGCGACAAUUUUCUUAUAUAAUUAUAGAGAUAGAACCAUCUUUAGAGGAUAAAAUGAACAUAAUAUUAUACAAACAUGCAUCAUAAAAAAAAAAAAAUAAUAUCAUUUUUGAACAAAAUUUCAUAAUUGUUGUGACAUCGUGUAUUAGUAUGUAUGAGAGAAACAAAUUCAAGUCCUCUCACAAUUAUAUUUUGUAAAAGUGAGAUAGUGUAAGUGAAAUGUCGAAUCCUCUUGUAAAUACACUUGCCGUGCUCUUCAUAGAUACGAUAUUUUUGUGUAUGUGUAUAAAUUAAUUGAUGAAUGAGACGUUACAUGAGAUUGUAAAUAUAUAAAUUCAGUAUAUAAAUAACAUAUGGAACAGGUUUGCGCUUUUAUUGAUAAAGAAAAGGGACCAAAUCUGAUAUCAAGCGAAAUAGUAAACUGUUGAAAAUUGUUGGUAAAUUAUUAACAUUGUUGCAUGCUAUUGACUGGCAUUUAUUUAUAUUCUAUAACAUAAUAAUUUAAAUGUUUUAAAUGUAAUUUAAAAUAAUGAAGAGUUAGAGUUUAAAAUUGUUGUUAGGAAAAUUUUUAACCUGGUUGAAAGUAGAAAUUUGAAAUUUUAUCCUGUCGAUAAUGCAUUGAAAUUCGAGUGCAUCUUGCAGAAUGUUUAAUAAAUUCUGGCUGAAAAAUUGAACAAAUUUUCAAAAGCACAAUAUCGAUAAUACUGUGAUGGUUACUUUUAUUUAAAUUAUGUGGAGUAAGAUAUAAAACUCCUUUAAAGUUAAACUUCUUGCAAAAUCAUAUCUGCUUUUAUAGUAAUUUCUCUAUACAUAUUCCAUUUAUCAUAAACUUUUUAAAAUUACUAGUAGUAUUGUGGCGCUUACUGUAAUUCAGAGUGCCAAAAUAAAAAAUGAAGUGUAACGUUAAAAACUGACACUCGAUUAAAUUUGCUCAUAAAUAGAACAAAUCUAACUUCGUUAUUCAUCAUAAUUAAAUGUUACAAAUUAAUAAAUGUGAGAAUUUUGGAAAACAAUAUAAUAAUAAAUAUUAUGCAUUACCUCUGGCAUAAUUUUUUAAUCAAAUUAUCGGACGCGUGCAGAAUGCAAUCGGAAAUUCUGUCCGUAAGGCACUGAAAGAUUUAAAUGUUUCAUUUAUAUCUUAAUAUCAAAAGCCUUAAAUUAAAAUUGGAUAAAAUCUCUUGGAAAAAAAUCAUAUAAACUGCAAAAAAAUUAAAAACAAUUGGAAUUUUAUCUGUCAUAUUAAAGGCUUAAGUGUAAUGUACUUGACAAUGUGUAUAUUAUUCAUACCAUAUAUUCAUGUAAAAUAUAUUUUUGUUAUAUAUGAAAAUGUAAUUUCACAUCAUGUGUUCAAAUGUAAAAUUUAAAAUAUCCCCUUACCAUAGACAAUCUACCGAAUUUUAUGAUUUUACUACAUGUGUCGUUCGAUUGCUUCUACGGAGAAUGUUUUCCAUUCAUUUU